GCGAUUAAAAGUCCCUGAACUAGAUAAGAAGACUACCCCCUAGGCUCUCUUGUACUCUCUCACUCUUCUCCUUCCUCCUUCAUCUUCUUCAUGUCUGAUGAACCUAGUAAGGAUCUUUAUUACCGGGAUCUUUACUUAGGCCAUAAUAAUCAGCAGUCCACAGGUGGAUCUGCCAUGUUCUGUGAGAAGAACUUGUCUUGCUUUAAUAUUCCUGUCUCUUCAUCAUCAGGUUUUGAUGAUCCUCCGUACAUGACCUUCACUGAAUGCCUGCAAGGAGGCCUAGACUACAAUUCUCUUGCUACUUCCUUUGGCUUGUCUCCUUCCUCCUCCGAGGUUUUCUCUUCUGUUGAAGGCAGUAAUAUUAUUAAUCAGAAGCCAUCAUCAGAAGCUCCUGGAGAUUUAGGUGGUGGGAGUGAAACGCCGGUGACCCAGAAUUCUUCCGUCUCUAAUUCAUCUUCUUCUGAAGCCGGAGCUGAAGAAGAAGACUCAGGGAAGAGCAAGAAAGAUAGUGAUGAUCAGGUCAAAGCAUCAGAAGAAGAAGGAUCUAGCAAGAAAGGGAACAAAGGCAGGAAGAAAGGAGAGAAGAAGCAGAAGGAGCCCAGGUUUGCGUUCAUGACCAAGAGCGAUGUGGAUCACCUUGAAGAUGGUUAUAGAUGGAGAAAAUAUGGACAGAAAGCAGUCAAGAAUAGCCCUUACCCAAGAAGCUACUACAGGUGCACGACGCAGAAGUGCACAGUGAAGAAACGCGUGGAGAGGUCAUAUCAGGACCCAACCACUGUGAUAACAACGUAUGAGGGUCAGCACAACCAUCCGGUCCCCACAUCGCUGAGAGGAAAUGCGGCCGCAAUGUUCACACCUUCAUCUCUCUUAACACCACACACUCCGUCAUCACUUGCCGCCGCAGCUGCAGCAGCCGCCGCUUCCCACCAUGAUUUCUUCCUUCACAUGCCCCACCAUCACUCGUCAGCUGCCCCUUCCAACGUUUAUUAUAACAACAACAACAGUAAUAUUAUCCACAGUACCAAUGCUUCUUCUUCUUCUCUUCUUCAUCAGCAGCAACUUCCUCCUUAUGACUACGGCCUCCUCCAGGACAUUCUUCCUUCCAUGUUCCUCAAACAAGAUCAUCCCUAGUUAUAUAUAAUCCAUUAUAAGCACCAUCAUCGACUACUGAUCUUUUAUUGUAAAUAUAGGUAUCUUAUACAUCUAGCUAUAUAAUAUAUAUGUAGUUUUUAUAUCUACCUAUAUAUUAUUAGAUAUAUCUGAUUAAGUUCUAACUUAGUCCGACUUCAGAUAUGCUUUCCUUCUUCCGAGGUAAGAAAGUGAUCAUAU